AUCAAGCUAGCGGACUUCAGCUUUGUGUUCAAAAUUGAUUUAUAUCUUUAGUGAAUCGAUUAUUGAUCUAUAAAGCUUAAAUCGAUUGUAAUCGAUUAAACGAGUUUUUCAACCCAGCCAUAGAGAAAAGGUUUCACGAUCGCAGAGAGGAGUUUUCACGGAGAAGAGGUUUCCCGAUCACCGGAAGAGUUUUUCCAGCGCUCUUGUGAUGACUCCCAGCUUGUGUCUCUGAGGAUGCCGUUCCCAACGACUGCUCACAGCGCUGCAACCAGGACAAGGGAUCAAUAGCUUUUUUCCUUCUCCCCCGUCCUUCUCCGUCUCUGAUCCUGUCCUCUUUUAUUAUUUCAUUGGAGAACAGAAUAAAAACACAACGUGAGUUGAUUUUGGAACUCCUCUCUUUUUCCUCCCCCACCUCCCCAAAGCCUCGCCCCUGGACAGCUCCGACAUGUGUCCUUUUGCUCGGUCAGCGGCUUUCCCGGGCCAGAGGAACUUGUUGCUCCUCUUGGGGCUUUUACUCAUCGUGAGCUCAUCUAUAUCUGGAGGCCAACCUCCAGUUUUUCAAAGGUUUGCUCCCCCCAACUGUUUGCUCACACAUCUGGUCGUUCACAACAAGACUGGGGAGGUGUAUGUUGGAGCUGUCAACAGGAUUUUCAAGCUGUCCAGCAACCUGACGGAACUCAGGAGCCACGUGACUGGCCCAGUGGUGGACGAUGAGAAAUGCUACCCUCCACCCAGUGUCCAGUCCUGCCCUUUUCAGCUGUCCCAGACCCCUAAUGUGAACAAGCUUCUUCUUAUAGACUACUCACAGAACCGCCUCAUCGCCUGUGGCAGCACCUCACAAGGAAUCUGUCAGUUCCUACGACUCGAUGACCUCUUUAAGCUCGGCGAGCCUCACCACCGAAAGGAGCACUAUCUUUCCAGCGUGGCCGAGUCGGAUACCAUGUCUGGCGUGAUCAUAAGCUCCACGCACAACCCCGUUAGCAAGCUGUUCAUAGGAACCCCCGUUGAUGGCAAAUCCGAGUACUUCCCUACAUUGUCCAGCCGCAAACUGAUGGAGAAUGAAGAAAAUGCAGACAUGUUUAGCUUUGUCUAUCAGGACGAGUUUGUUUCCUCCCAGUUAAAGAUCCCCUCAGACACACUUUCAAAGUUUCCCACUUUUGACAUCUAUUACAUUUACAGCUUUAGCAGUGAACAGUUUGUCUAUUAUCUCACCUUGCAGUUAGAUACCCAGCUGACAUCCCCGGAUGCCAGCGGAGAGCAGUUCUUCACCUCUAAAAUUGUCCGCCUCUGUGUGGAUGACCCAAAGUUUUACUCCUAUGUUGAAUUCCCUAUUGGUUGUACUCAUGAAGGGAAGGAGUACCGCUUGGUGCAGGACGCCUUCUUGGCGCGACCCGGGCGGCAGUUGGCCAACUCUUUGGGGAUUUCAGAAAACGAAGACAUUCUCUUCACGAUAUUCUCUCAGGGUCAAAAGAAUCGGGCCAAACCGCCCAAAGAGUCUGCUCUGUGUUUGUUCACUCUGAGGAAGAUAAAGCAGAAGAUCAAAGAAAGGAUUCAGUCAUGUUACAGAGGAGGAGGGAAACUCUCCUUACCCUGGCUGCUGAACAAGGAGCUCGUCUGCAUCAACUCGCCCCUGCAGAUCGACGACGACUUCUGCGGCCAGGACUUCAACCAGCCUUUGGGGGGAACCAGCACCAUCGAGGGCAUUCCUCUCUUCAUAGACAAUGAGGACGGCAUGACCUCGGUGGCGGCGUACGACUACCGAGGCAACACCGUGGCGUUUGUGGGUACUCGUAAUGGAAAACUCAAAAAGAUUCUGGUGAAUUCUGUGAGUCCAAACCGCCCAGCUGUUCUCUACGAGAAGGUGACGGUCAGUGAGGGGGGAGGUCCUUUACUCAGAGACAUGCUGUUCAGCCCCGACCUGCAGCAGAUCUACACCCUGACCGACAGACAGGUGGUGAGAGUUCCUGUGGAGAGCUGCGAGCAGUACACCACUUGUGGGGAGUGUUUGGGCUCCAGAGACCCUCACUGUGGUUGGUGUGUUCUCCACAAUGUAUGUUCUCGUAAGGACCGCUGUGAGCGAGCGGGAGAGCCUCAGAGGUUUGCCUCAGACCAGCGGCAGUGUGUGGAGCUGACCGUUCAGCCAGGAAACAUCUCCGUCACCAUGUCGGAAGUGCAGCUGGUCCUCCAGGCCCGUAAUGUGCCGGAUCUGUCGGCGGGGGUCAACUGCUCCUUCGAAGACUACGUGGAGACCGAGGGCCGGAUCCAGGGCGGACACAUCUUUUGCUUGUCUCCUUCUGCCAGGGACAUCGCCCCAAUCACCAAGAACAAAGGUGACAAACGGGUGAUCAACCUCUACCUCAAGUCUAAGGAGACGGGCAAGAAGUUUGCCAGUGUGGACUUUGUUUUCUACAACUGCAGCGUCCAUCAGUCCUGCCUCUCCUGCGUGAACGGCUCUUUCCCGUGCCACUGGUGCAAGUUCCGUCACGUCUGCACUCAGAAUGAAUACGACUGCUCCUUCCUGGAGGGACGCAUCAAGAACUCAGAGGGCUGCCCCCAGAUCCUGCCGUCCACCCAGAUCUACAUCCCGGUGGGCGUGACCAAGCCCAUCACCUUAGCCGCCAAGAACCUGCCGCAGCCGCAGUCGGGACAGCGGAACUACGAGUGCGUCUUCCACAUCCAGGGGGAGACCCACAGCGUUCCCGCUCUGCGCUUCAACAGCACGUCCAUCCAGUGCCAGAAAACAGCGUAUACGUACGAGGGCAAUGACAUCAGCGACCUGCCAGUGGAUCUGUCUGUGGUGUGGAAUGGAAAAUUUGUCAUCGACAACCCCUUCAACAUCAAAGCUCACCUGUACAAGUGCUAUGCUUUGAGAGACAGCUGUGGGAUGUGCCUGAAGGCCAACCCCAGGUUUGAGUGCGGCUGGUGCGUCACGGAGAAGAAGUGCUCCCUGAGACAGGAGUGCACCCCCCCAGAGACCACCUGGAUGCACGCCACCACUGGAAACAGCCGCUGUACACACCCCAGAAUCAAAACGCUGACUCCAGAAACAGGACCCAGGCAGGGGGGAACCAUGCUGACCAUCCUGGGGGAGAACCUGGGCCUGCAGUUCAAAGACAUCCAGAACGGCGUCCGCAUCGGGAAGGUGGUCUGCAUCCCUCAGGAGGACCAGUACAUCAGCGCUGAGCAGAUCGUCUGUCGGCUGAACGACGCCACAGGUUACCGCGUGCAGGAGGCUCACGUGGAGGUGUGUGUCAGGGACUGCCUCCAUGCCGACUACAAAACGGUGUCAACCAAGGCCUUCACCUUCGUGUCUCCAUAUUUUACCCGUGUCCACCCCAACGCCGGGCCUCUGUCCGGAGGAACUCGCAUCACCAUUGAAGGCAGCCACCUGAAUGCGGGCAGCAACGUCACCGUGAAAAUCGGACUUCACCUGUGUCGCUUCGAGAAGCGGAACAGCAGGGAGAUCAUCUGCGUGACUCCAGCUGGACUUACCACAGGCCACACGCCAGUCAUGGUGGACAUCAACUCUGCCGAGCUCAGGAACCCAGAGGUCAAGUUCAACUACACAAGCGACCCCACCAUCCUCAAAAUCGACCCUGACUGGAGCAUCGCCAGUGGAGGGACACUGCUGACCAUCACUGGAACCAACCUGGCCACCAUCAAAGAGCCGAAAAUGCGAGCCAAGUAUGGAGCAGCAGAGUCUGCAAAUAACUGCACCGUUCUCAACAACACCGUGAUGGUGUGUUUGGCGCCCUCUGUGGCCGGAUCCGACCGGGUCCUCCCAGACGCCGUCAUCAGCCCGGACGAGAUCGGAUUCAUCAUGGAUGACGUGCACUCUGUGCUGGUGGUGAACGAGACCUUCAGCUACCACCCGGACCCGGUGCUGGAACCUCUCAGCCCCACGGGGAAGCUGGUGCUGAAGCCCACCUCACCGCUCAUACUCAAGGGUCGGAACCUUAUUCCAGCCGUCACUGGGAAUUAUAAGCUGAACUACACGGUGCUGAUCGGGGACACGCCCUGUGUGUUGACCCUGUCUGAGAGCCAGCUGCUGUGUGAGUGGCCUAAUCUGACGGGAGACCACGAAGUCACAGUGCGCGUUGGAGGCUUCGAGUACUCUCCAGGGACGCUGCAGAUCUACUCGGACAGCCUGCUCACUCUCCCCGCCAUCAUCGGCAUAGGAGGGGGCGGCGGCCUGCUCCUGUUGGUCAUCAUCAUAGUGUUAAUUGCGUAUAAAAGGAAGUCGAGGGACGCAGACCGCACCCUGAAACGGCUACAGCUGCAGAUGGACAACCUGGAGUCCAGGGUGGCGCUGGAGUGCAAGGAGGCUUUCGCGGAACUGCAGACGGACAUCCACGAACUCACGCAGGAGCUGGACGGAGCAGGAAUCCCCUUCCUGGACUACCGCACGUACGCCAUGAGGGUGCUGUUUCCAGGCAUUGAGGACCAUCCUGUUCUCAAGGAGAUGGAGGUACGGGUCCCGGCAAACGUGGAGAAGUCCCUGACGCUGUUCGGCCAGCUGCUGACCAAAAAGCACUUCCUGCUGACGUUCAUCCGCACCCUGGAGGCUCAGCGCUCCUUUUCCAUGCGCGACCGCGGCAACGUGGCGUCCCUCAUCAUGACGGCGCUGCAGGGAGAGAUGGAGUACGCCACGGGCGUCCUCAAGCAGCUGCUGUCGGACCUGAUCGACAAAAACCUGGAGAGCAAGAACCAUCCCAAGCUCUUACUCAGAAGGACCGAGUCGGUGGCAGAGAAGAUGCUCACAAACUGGUUCACCUUCCUGCUUUACAAGUUCCUCAAGGAGUGCGCUGGAGAGCCGCUCUUCAUGCUCUACUGUGCCAUUAAGCAGCAAAUGGAAAAGGGGCCGAUUGAUGCCAUCACAGGAGAAGCCCGAUACUCGCUCAGCGAGGAUAAACUCAUCCGACAACAAAUCGACUACAAGACGCUGACGCUGCACUGCGUGAAUCCGGAGAACGAAAACGCUCCCGAGGUGACGGUGAAGAGCCUGAACUGCGACACGGUGACGCAGGUGAAGGAGAAGCUGCUGGACGCGGUGUACAAAGGCACGCCGUACUCCCAGAGACCAAAGGCCUCGGACAUGGACUUAGAGUGGCGGCAGGGCAGGAUGGCUCGCAUCAUCCUUCAGGACGAGGACGUCACCACGAAGAUCGACAACGACUGGAAGAGACUCAACACUUUGGCCCACUACCAGGUGAUGGACGGCUCGGUGAUCGCCUUGGUGCCAAAGCAGAACUCGGCCUACAACAUCUCCAACUCGUCCACGUUCACCAAAUCUCUCAGCAGAUAUGGUACGAAAGAAGAGAGCAUGCUGAGGACCGCCAGCAGUCCGGACAGCCUGCGCUCCCGGACGCCCAUGAUCACCCCUGACCUGGAGAGCGGCACCAAGCUGUGGCAUCUGGUGAAGAACCACGACCACUCCGACCAGAGGGAGGUGGAUCGAGGAAGCAAGAUGGUCUCGGAAAUCUACCUGACCAGACUGUUGUCCACCAAGGGCACGCUCCAGAAGUUUGUGGACGACUUGUUCGAGACCAUCUUUAGCACAGCGCACCGAGGCAGCGCCCUGCCCCUCGCCAUCAAGUACAUGUUUGACUUUUUGGAUGAGCAGGCGGAUAAACACUCCAUAACAGACUCUGACGUACGGCACACCUGGAAGAGCAACUGUCUUCCACUGAGGUUCUGGGUGAACGUGAUCAAGAACCCCCAGUUCGUCUUUGACAUCCAUAAGAACAGCAUCACGGAUGCGUGCCUGUCCGUGGUGGCUCAGACCUUCAUGGACUCGUGCUCUACGUCGGAGCAUAAACUGGGGAAGGACUCGCCUUCAAACAAGCUGCUUUAUGCUAAAGACAUCCCCAAUUACAAGAACUGGGUAGAAAGGUACUACUCUGACAUCUCCAGGAUGUCUGCUAUCAGCGAUCAGGACAUGAGCGCCUACCUCGCCGAGCAGUCACGCCUUCACGCCAACCAGUUCAACAGCAUGUCCGCCCUACACGAAAUCUACUCCUAUAUCGUCAAAUACAAGGAUGAGAUUCUGUCAGCUUUGGAGCGGGACGAGCAGGCGAGGAGACAGAGACUGAGGAGCAAGCUGGAGCAGGUCAUCGACACAAUGGCCCUGAGCAGCUGAGGACCAUCCUCCUCUGUCCCCACUCCUUCUUUCCAUCUGUCCCCCUCUCCCUCGCUUUUGCACCAAGACAACAAACAGAACUCCGACCCCGACAACACGAGCUGCAAACGGACAGAAGCAGUAAACUGGAAGCUGGCAUUUGGGGGGUGGACAAAGAUGGGCGGGCCUGUGUACGCUUACAUGUGUUUGUCUGCAGCCCCACGCGGCGCGGGGGCACGCGGGCCAGGCAGCGGACAUUUUCACGCAGAGCAAGUGAAGUGACGGCGUUUGAUUAUCUUGGUGUUUGUGGUUUGCUUGAUUUUGAUUUUAGGAGUUUUGUCGUCUGCAAGGAACAGAUGCUCUGACAGGAUCUGACAUCACGAGCAGAAUGGACCAAUCCGUCAGCAGCCUUUGGGAGGGGCUCUGAGGGUCAUGUGACUCGAGCAGAAGCCACAGUCCGAACAAUGUUUUGUUUUUUUGUAUAGAUGUUAUCUGCCCACUUUCUGAUCUGUCGCCACUUGUUUUACUGCUGAAUUUGCACAGUUUACAGAAACGUUACAAAGCAAACCUAUAUAGAUAUUAUAUAUAAAUACAACUAAGUUUUAAAAAUCAAAUUAAGAAGAAAACAUUUUUGUUUUUUUCUGUUUCAUUUGAUCCAACAAAUAAAACAAUGAAUCAGAAUUUGUCAAAACAAAAAAAAGUGCUCGGCGUGAACAGAAAAAUUGAAAAAGAAACAAAGUUCGUACUGUGCCAUGUUUCCUUUGAAUGUUGUUUAGUGCAGAGACAUUUUGUGAGAUGGAACGUGUCUAAUUUUAAAUAUGAACAUGCCUAGUGACUGAAAGUUGUUUGAAUUAGGGCCCAUCAUGAGAUCCUCGUAGACAGGAAGCUGUAAGUUUAUGACAGGAAGAAGCUCGCUCUUCAGUCGGUGCAAUCUCUUGGUUUCAUGAAGCCAAAUAUCACCAGGUUAUAUUCUGAUUUUUUUUUUUCUGCGACUCUACGGCUGCUGGAUUGUUUGAAGGAUGAAGUACCUCCAUUGCACUAGCUAGAAAUUUCCCUUCGCUUCGACGCAUCGUAGCCACCAUUGCUUCUAUGUUUUCCUCAACCGACCGAAUCCAAAAACCUUCAUGCGAGAGCCAAAUCAGUUUUCUGCUUUUACUUUUCGGAUCCUGCGUGAGGUCAGCUGAGCCCUUUAGAAGUAAAGCCGUCUCCAAACUGAAAUGGUUUAGCAUCUUCUCGAUGUAACGCGGCUGGAAAAUCAAACCCGCCGUCUGUUUUUGGGGGAGGUUGGAUGGAUGGCUGCAGAAGUUCAGGGAGGUGAAGCCCCUCCGAUGAUAGAGUGGUCCUCCUCUAAGCUUGCAGCUCUUAUUUUGAAAAGAUCCUGUUGCCAUGUGUGACUUAAGCUUUUUUAUAUUCCUGUUACUAGGAGAAUUCUUUUCUCACUUUUUUGAAGUCUUGAUGUCAUGAAUUUUGAUUUGUGGUGAGAAAUACCUUUUUUUCUGCUUGAUGAAAACCAAACUGUGGUCUGUAUAAAAUAUUUUGUUUGUAAAAUUGUUUACAUGACUAACAAAAAGCUGUUUGCCUUUUUUUUUGAUUUUUGUAAUCCAGUUUUUUUUUUAUUUGAGUUUUUUUAUUUUUUACCUUCAGCGUGUACAUUGUACAUUUACGGUACAUGGAAGACAACUCCUCUUCAGGUUCCCUGAAGCCAAACGUACUUGACCGAACUCCAGGUUUAGUCCGACGAUUUUCAGGAUCAUUAUUGAAACUGCUGAAUCGGAUGAGCGUCUGUUGUCGUGGAAACGUGACUUGCUGCUUUACCUUGUAUCUCGUUUUCUAUGAAAUCUUAGGGCUGUUUUUCAGUGCUGGUCAGAAAUGUGAACGGGCCGCUUUGCUGUCUAUCGGAGGAACGGUACAUUUACUCAAUGAGUUUACCAGAAAAUAAGGUGGGAUUUGUGUUUUAUUUUGAAAGGGAAGCAGAUUUUUUUCCUGUUGAAGACUUCCUGUCUGCUCUUUCCUGUUUGUGAACAUUGAGUUUUGUGCUCAGCAGCUCUAUGAAUGUGGAUUCUGUGUCUAGUCUAAUCCAGCCACCAAAUAUAGUCACACCAAACGCACUCGUCUCUGCUGCUGAUGCAGCUUUAGCACACAGGAAGUCUUCCACAACGGGGUUGCAUUUUCAAAAUAAAAUACCUUUAGGAUAAUCUGUGAUUUCGUAUUGGAGACCUUCAAAUUCACUCUUCUAAAUCACAAAUCAAAUGUCCUGCAGGUGUGUGGAGGCCACUUCUUCAGCUCCCCGCUCCAAACAUCUCUCUUUAUUCUUCUAUUGAACAAGGCUGCUUCACUUUUUCUGCAUUCAAACAUGUCGGUGCUCUUACUGUUCGGGCCACAUGGCUGCUGAGGCUCUCAGGUGUGUCCACAGCAGUGUGUGAGUGCAGUAGUGGCCCGCCGUCUGCUCCAGCACACGCCAGCAGGUGAUCCGUGCUUUUAAAAACCUCCUCAUUCAUGAAACUCCCUCCGUUCUUUUGGUUUGUGAGAUUCAGGUUGAGGACGUGACUGGCCUGUUUGUCACUUGCCUUUCAGACUCUCUUGUUUUACAAGUUCAAGCACAUUUUCAACAGAUCCACAGCAGCUUUCCGUCUUCAUCCUCCGUGUUGCUCUGUUCAGUUCCACCACUAGCUAGCUUGUGCUUAAUGUUGCGGAGGUGGUAGAAUGUGGUGGAAAAGCAUUUGGUGUCAUGUGAAUGAGUCUCAGAAACCCUCCGGUCUAACCAACACUUUGGUGUAACGUCUUAGCGUGAGUGGAUCCAGCACCACCCUCAGCUCUCUGACGUCCAGCGUCCCACUCUUUAGGUUGUGUUCCCAUUCCAGCCUCCUGUUGGUUUUCCUCGUCAUUCUGGAAGUUUCAUACAAUCUGUGGACAAACAAGGACUUUUAAUUCCAAAUAGUGAACAAGAACUUUAACACAGAAACUGCUACAUUUUUAGAUUUCAGACUUGAAGCGACUGUCACGAGUUUGCAGGUCAACAUUCAUUGUGUAAAUAUUCUGUUAUUUCCUAUUUUGCAGAUUUACUACUUGUAAAUAAACACAUCAACGAAGAGAUUAAACAUUUUUUGCUAAAUAAAAA